UGGUUGCUGGUUAGACCACGCAGGGUCCACUAGCCUUGGGCUGCAGGGAGGCUGCUGUGUCCCCCCUCCGGAGCACCUGUAGCACAGCAGGGUCCAAGGAGCUGCCGUGCUCACCUAACUGGGGCUUUGCACUCACGCCCACUCAGUUCCAACCGGACUAGGGCUCCCUGUCCCUUCCCUGCCUGCCACCAGCAAGCCCACCACCCUUGGUAGGAGCAGCCGCUCACUUUGCCAAGAUGUCCAAGUCCAAGGUAGCUAAGUAUCGGCGGCAGGUGAGCGAAGACCCCGACAUCGACAGCCUGCUGUCCACCCUCUCCCCUGAAGAGAUGGAAGAGCUGGAGAAGGAGCUGGAUGUGGUGGACCCAGAUGGGAGCAUUCCCGUGGGGCUGCGGCAGAGGAAUCAAACGGACAAACAGCCCUCUGGCUCUUUCAACCGGGAGGCCAUGCUCAACUUCUGUGAAAAGGAGAGCAAGAAGCUUAUCCAGAGAGAGAUGUCUGUGGAUGAAAGCAAGCAAUCGGGGAGGAAGACAGACGCCAAGAACGGAGAGGAGAAGGGCAGCGAUGCCGGCAGAAAGGCCCCAGGCCCCAGGCAGGACUCGGACCUGGGCAAGGAGCCGAAGAAGGGCGUUUUAAAGAAAAGCCUCUCCAGGGAGCGGGAGGAGGCCGAUGGCAGAGGGGGCGAGAAGCCCAAAGAGGAGAAGGUCAUCAGGGGGAUUGACAAGGGCAGGGUCAGGGCCGCGGUGGACAGGAAGGAGGCGGGGAAGGAUGGCAGAGAAGAAAGGGCAGCCGCCACGAGGAAGGAAGAAGAGAAGACAGCGAGCGUCAGGAACGCAGGCUUGAGCAGAGACAAAGACACGAGGAGAGAAGAGGCGAAGGAGCCCAGCAAGGAAGAGGAGGUGAAGCUAACCGCAGAGAGCAGGAGCACAGCCGGGAGACGGGAGGACGGGAGGCCGAAAGAGUCCAGUGAGAACAAGAAACCAGAGGCCGAGGGCGUAGGCUGUGGGGGUAGAGACUCGAGAAAGGAGGAUGAAAAAGUUAAGAAGGAAGAAAACCAACCUGACAAAGGAGUCAGGGAAGAGAGCAAGACCAAAGCCCCAGAGAAGCAGGCCCCCAGUGGCCCCAGCAAGCCCUCCGACGGACAAGCCAGAGCAGAGGAGGAAGCAGCUCCCAGUAUAUUUGACGAACCCCUGGAGAGAGUGAAGAGCAAUGACCCAGAGAUGACGGAGGUGAACGUCAACAACUCGGACUGCAUCACCAACGAGAUCCUGGUCCGCUUUACCGAGGCCCUGGAGUUCAACACCGUGGUGAAGGUGUUCGCCUUGGCCAACACGAGGGCCGACGACCACGUGGCCUUCGCCAUCGCCAUCAUGCUAAAGGCCAAUAAGACCAUCACCAGCCUCAACCUGGACUCCAAUCACAUCACGGGCAAAGGCAUCCUGGCCAUCUUCCGGGCCCUCCUCCAGAACAACACGCUGACAGAGCUGCGGUUCCACAACCAGAGACACAUCUGCGGAGGCAAGACUGAGAUGGAGAUCGCCAAGCUUCUCAAGGAGAACACCACCCUGCUCAAGCUGGGCUACCAUUUCGAGCUGGCCGGACCCCGGAUGACUGUCACCAAUCUGCUUAGCCGAAACAUGGACAAGCAGCGGCAGAAACGGCUGCAGGAGCAAAAGCAGGCCCAGGAAGCCAGCGGAGAGAAGAAGGACCGGCUGGAGGUGCCCAAGGUCGGGGCUCUGGCUAAGGGCUCCCCCAAAACUUCACCCCAGCCAUCUCCAAAGCCUGCUCCAAAGGACUCACCCAAGAAGGCUGGCGUUCCAGCAGCCCCGCCUCCUCCUCCCCCUCCUCUGGCCCCGCCCCUUAUCAUGGAGAACCUAAAGAACUCACUCUCACCAGCUACCCAGAGGAAGAUGGGGGACAAAGUGCUCCCUGCCCAGGAGAAGAACUCACGUGACCAGCUCCUGGCCGCCAUCCGUUCCAGCAACCUUAAGCAGCUGAAGAAGGUAGAGGUGCCCAAGCUGCUUCAAUAGGACAGGCAGCCAGGCAUUGGUACCGAUGCCAUGACUGCCUAGACUCUUGUCCCAGGGCUACACAGACCCCCGCCACCCCACCCUGGCCGAGCUGUUGCAGCUGUCCCUGUCCACCAUGGGAGAGCUGGAGACCUGGGCCGCGCUCAAGGAAGGACACCUCAGCUCUUCUCCCUUUCCUUGUCUCUGAGGCCCUUCGAAAAUUGCUUUGAAACCUGGAGCUGCAGUGUCGGGACAAGAGGAGUCCUUUAAGCACAUCACAGAGAAGAUGACACUGCCCAGAGCCCAUGGAGCAGGCAUGCUGUCAAAAGCUUGUGAUGCAGAAAACAUGUCUCCCAGGGACCACAUGUGGACCCCAGCCUCACUGCCUCCAGGGCCAGGAUUCAGGCCUCUGAGGAGCCCUUGGGGCAAAGUUGCUGGGUCAGUGGCACUCUAUGGGACAGUGGUAGAAGGCUGGAGGGGAUGGGAGUCCAAUGGCAAAGCAGGAGGGCAGAGGAUGCUCCAAACCCCACCCCCCAUCUGAUAUGCCCCGGCAGUGUAGGCAUGGUUGGACAGUGCCUGAGAAAGGGUAGGCUCCCAGAGAAAUGGGAGUAGAAAGACAGACAGACAGCAGCUGGACCUGAAGGGUUGAUGCCAAAGCAGACAUUUUCUUCACAUCACCUGCUGCUGUAUAAAUAGCUAUAUAUCUGUUUUUCCAUAAGAUUUUGAUAAUAUAUACAAACCUUUAGCUGCGAGUGGCUAUAGUUCACCUUUUUUCGUGUUUUAAUGGUCCUAAUGUUCACCCCAGGUUCCCUAGGCCUCCAAAAGCUCAGGGUCCCUGCCAAACCAUUCAAGGUGACUGUCGACAUCAUCCCCGGAGUCUGUGUGCCACUGCAGAGAGGGCAAUGUGGGGGGAAGCUUGAACUCUUGAGACGACCUUCUGACCUGGUGGUCCAGGUCUGCUCCUCAGCCAGUCUCUCUGCCUCCUAUCUGUGCCCAGAGCUGUUCUCAGGGGCAGAGAGUCACACGGGACCCUGGGAUGGCUAUAUUAGGCACGUCCAGGGAUGAUCAUUCCGUGACUCUUCCUACUGUAGGCUCAGGGCCAGCUCUUCACAGCAGUUUCAGGCAAAGGAAGGCAGAGUGAGUCAGGGUGACUCGGGAGGGACAGCUCCUGCACCAGUGUGACUUGGGGCCAGAGGUACCUCUCCAUCCCCCGCAUGGCCCUGCUGGAGGCAGAACCACCACAGCCAUCACGGGGGUACGUGGAAUACUGUUCCAACUAGGGAGGACUCUCAAUCCAGGUCGUAUGCCUAGCACGGAGGUCUUGGUUUCCAUUCUGGACACAAUCUCUGAUUUACUGCCCUGAAGAGAACUGUGCCGCCAUGAAACUACCACCUUGUUUCUGGGUCACAAACAAGUACUCUGCCUUCUCUCUCUCUCUCUCUCUCUCUCUCUCUCUCUCUCUUCAGUAGCAGAGAGCAAAGCCGUUAGAAUAUGGGUAGGAUCCCACCUCCCUAAGGAAGUAGCUAUUGUAGGUCUGGCUAAAAUCAGGGAGGGCCAACUCAUGUCUCAGGGUACACUCUGAUUCCAUUGGCCCCCAAUUAUUGCUUAAGUAAUGGGCUGGUCCAAGGGAGGAGAGAAACCAGUGCUGGUUCCCAGAUCUCAAAGAGUGUGAUUUGGAGCCAAGCCCACAAACUUGCAUCUGAUGGUGUAGGGCAUUAGCUAGAUGCUUAAGGUUGCUUCUGCUUAUCUUCCAACUCUGUGAUGUGGAAGCCAAUAGCCGCACUGUUUACCAGAUAGAAUUAAUCAGCUGCACAUGGGUACAUGGCUAAUAAGAGGCAGGACUGAGGUCUUUACUCCUCUCUGCUGCUGAAAACUGGACCAGUGAUAAUUUUUCACAAUGACAUUGGAAGCCAAACGGAACUAGUUUUAGAGAUUUCCUCUUCUCUGUGUAGUCCUGGCUAACUUAGAACUCCUAAUUGAAAGUAGGCUAACUUCGAACUCAUGAAGAUCUGUUUGCCUCUGCGGGGAUUAAAGGUGUGUGCUACCACACUGGGCCAAUCUCCAGAUUUAAAGUCU